AUGUCAAAACGUGAAGUUAAAACGAACGAAGAUAAAAGUGCGCCAAGGGCCGCUAGUAAAUAUCUAAACAUGGAAAACACCUUUGAAAACAACUUGAAGACAUUAAAAGAAUUGAUAUUAGAUGAAGGAAAAAUAGUUACAUAUAUUUCCCUAAGCAAAGACUUAUGUAUUCAUGCCAAUGAAGCAAAAGAUUUACUAAAUCAAGUAGUGCGGGAUAUUAGAAAAAAGGAGCCGAGAACUGAAAUAUAUAUUUAUUACAUGAUAUCUGGAUUAUUAAGUAACAACAGUGCAUGUACUAGCGUAUGUUCUGAAUUAGAUUUAGAUGCGCUCAGAAAAAGUUUAAAUAUAAUAUUCUACGAACAUGUAUACUGCGUCAGUAAGGGUAUGCAAGCUGUAGACAAUGUAGCUUUAACGGCACUAAACAAAUUUGAAGAUCUUUCUCUAUGUACGGGAUUAAUAAAAGCAAACGUGUGUAUUAAGAGGCCUGAUAAUGAAAUACUGAACUUAAAGUCCAACAAUAUUCAGAACAAGAUGAUUGAACCUAAAUCUAAUGUGAAAACAAAAAAUACAAACGAAAGAAAAAGAGAACUUUUCAAAAACACUGAAAAUGUAAAAAAAGAUGUUGAAACUAAAUCAGAAUCAAUAAAGUCAAAUGAAACAGUAUCACCUAAGAAGGAAUCAACAAAUAAUAAAAUAAGUAAUAAAAAUAGUACCAAAGCUGCUUCAAAAAGUAUUGCAGGUUUCUUUAACAAAGCUAAUGGAGAUAAUGCUAAAGCAAAAACUGCAAAGGUUAAGGAAGAUAAAGAACAAGAAAACAAAGUUGAGAUCAAAGUUGAAAAUGAAAUUAAAUUAGAGCAGCCCAUUGCUGACAAGAACACCUCUGGUCAAAAUGAAACUGAAGAACCAGUGCAAAAAUCAAAGAAGACGGUUGAAAUUGAGAAGCCUGACAAUAAGUCACUAAAACAAAUAAAAAAGAAUGCCAAGGUGGAAAAAAAACGUAAAAGGCUUUUGCAUGUAUCAGAUAGUGAAAGUGAUAAUGAGACAAAUGAUCCAUUUGCAGAUGAUGACAACAUAAAAAUGUCAGUUGAUCAAGAGUCAGAAGAUGAGAUACCACCUACACCUACAGUUAAUACUGUCAAAAUAACAUCAGGAAUAAUAAAUCCCAAGAAAAGAAGAAAAAUUGUAGAUAAAACUUACACUGAUGAAGAUGGUUACAUUUUAACUAAAAAAGAAGAAGUAUACGAAAGCUGUUCUGAUAAUGAGGAGGAAAUAAAAUCAAAUAUUAAACAAGAGAAAGAAAAUGUGGAAGUGAAACAGGCAAAGACUGUAACCUCACCACAAAAAGAUAGUAAAUUGAAGAAAAGAAAGGUGUCUCCUCCACAGAAAGGAAAACAGCAAACAUUAACAAAUUUUUUCAAAAAAGUUUGA